CUUCUCAUUGUUCCUUGUCAAUCAGCGCGCGCCGAGUGUACGAAAGGCUGGAAAAUGAUGCUAAGGCCCUGUGGCGCUAGACCAUGUUUACCUCAUUUGUGAGCCGCCAGGCGAACCGUAUUACUUGGCGCGAAUUAUGGAGUUUCUGCCCUCCAAGAACACCGCCUCGGGCCCGAUCGAGGCGUUACGCGUGAAUUGGUAUUACAGACCACGUGACAUCCAACGGAAAGUCGCAGAUACGAGAUUGGUUUUCGCAUCCAUGCACUCCGAUACUUGCCCGCUCACUUCCCUGCGCGGAAAAUGUCAAAUCUCGCAUCUGUCAGAAAUCGCAGAUUUCGACGAAUACAGGAAAACCCGGGACUGCUUUUGGUACGAUAAAAUGUUUGACCGUUACAUUCACCGCUACUACGACGUGAUUCCCACGAGUAAGGUCAUCAACGUCCCCGGAAAUGUUAAGAAAGUCUUGGAUGAACGGUGGAAGUUUGUUCUGGUUGAGAUUGGUCGACGGAAGGAGUUGACCAGUGCCGUCAAGACGUGCAAACGGUGCAGUCUGUAUGCUGCAAAUACGGACUCGGUGGAUUGUGCUGUCUGCCAUAACACCUAUCACAUGUACUGUGUUCGACCUGUUUUGACCAAGAAGCCUGCCCGAGGGUUUGCCUGGGCCUGUGCAGCAUGCAGUCGAGCUCAGGAACGGAAGCUGGAGGCACGGAAUACCCCCUUGCUCGGCGAUACGCAGCAUCCCGAAGGCGAAGAAGAGGUCGUUGAAGAAGAGGAGGAGGACCCGAACGCCGCAGCGAACGGUACCACGGGCAGCACCCCAGCUCCUGUCGAAGAAGAGGUUCGACCAGCCACUGAGGAACAAGUGGCGCAGGCCAGAAUGUGGCCUUACCGCUAUCUCGGGAUCCACUGUCGGGUUGAAGACGCUCUUGAUUACGAUGACCGCAUAUAUCCACGGGCCAGUUCUCGCCUGGGGCCUCGGCAUCAAGCAAUGGUGAUUCCAUGGCAGGGUAGGCCCGUGGAGUAUGUCAAACCGAUCGAUAUCAAGAAAAAAUAUUUGAGAGGUUCGGGCGGCCGAAAGGAUUCUAAGCUUUCAAAAGAAACGCUUGCCGCAAUCGAGGCUGCGAAACAAGAAAAAGCGAACCGCCCUAAAUGGGUAAUGGAUGAGCCCGUGGGAUACGUGCGUCGCGGUGAAGAUGAGCCAGUCCCAGUGGCUGGCAAGCAAAUGCGCACCGCCGAACUAAUGUUCAAGAUGCCUACUGCAGAGCAGAUCCCUUCCCGCGGAGAAGAUGACGUACCAGGUGCCGAUCUCAGCCUUGCGGACAGGGAGAAGUUCAUCGAUGAUUAUAUGGAGCAAGCCAAGGCCUUGGCUCCUGACUUGGGAGUUGAGAAAUAUUCCACCAAUUUUCUCGAUAAAGCUCUUGAGUUGCUUUAUGCAAACAGCUUUGACAUCAAAGCGGCUCUUGGCAAAUUGAAACAGGUUAACAAAUACAAGGAUCUCAAAGAACCUCACCUGCGCCCUGAAGAAGUGAAGUUGUUUGAACAAGCAGUCGCGAAAUUCGGGUCGGAGCUACGCCAUGUUACAAAACACGUUGGGACCGUGCCACACUAUCAGAUUGUCCGGUUCUACUACAUGUGGAAAAAGACGCCGCGAGGACGCCAGAUCUGGGGAACAUACGAAGGUCGGCGGGGGAAGAAGGAAGCCAAGCGACACAGCGCUGCGAAGUUGGUGGACGAUGUGGCGGAUGAUCAGGAUGAUUCAGCAUACGACAACGACAAGGCUGCUGAAAAGAAGCGUGGAUUCCAGUGCAAAUUCUGUUCAACUCGGACUUCACGGCAGUGGCGGCGCGCGCCGGGAAUCCCGCCUGGCACCACUACACCCAGUGAACCCCCAUCCAAGCAGAAGGACAAGGGGCCACCGCUCACUGUGGCUCUUUGUUUGCGUUGUGCUCUGCUGUGGCGAAAAUACGGCAUUCAGUGGGAGAGUGUCGAUGAAGUCGCUAAGAAGAUCGCCCAAAGUGGUAACAAGUCAUGGCGCCGUCGCGUAGACGAAGAGCUUCUGACUCAACUUCUUCUUUCGACCGAGACCCCAAUCAGCAUCAACAGUGCAACUGCAGCUACAGCGGCCUCAAUCGGUGUCCCGGUGAAUGCUAACCCCCAGGUACAACAAGAAUCCACAAAGAAGAAAGGACGAAUCACGGAGAAAGAUAGCACGGCAACCUCCACAGCAACCUCUGUUGAGCCGCCUGCGUCAAAGAAGAAACCCCCGACUGAGAAAGUACCAGAACCUCCGCCAAUCAUGCCCGAUCCUCCGAAGGCGAAGACUCUUCCCUGCGCCAUCUGCAAUAUGAUGGAGCCUAUGGGCGAUCAGCACUUGUCUUGCCGAGAUUGCCGAUUGACAGUUCAUCGCAGCUGCUACGGUGUCAGCCCGUCCCGUAACUGCGUCAAAUGGCUUUGCGACAUGUGCUCCAAUGACCGAGAUCCAACAACCUCAACUCGCUAUGAAUGCGUCUUGUGCCCAGUAACGUGGACUGAACAUGAAUUGAUGGAGGCGCCGAGAUCGACACAUAAGAAGAAGACUGAACGCGACCGUGAGAAGGAGAGGCUCGAAAAAGAGUUACUUACCGAGGCCAUCAAGCUCUACCGACAGCGGCAGGAGGAUGUAGGUAAGCCAGUUGGGCCGCGCGAGCCGCUCAAGAGAACCGCUGGGAAUAAUUGGGUUCACGUCGCGUGUGCCGUCUGGACACCAGAGAUCAAGUUUGGGAACUCAAAGGAGCUUGAGCCAGCCGAAGGCUUCGUACUUAUUCCUCCGGAUAGGUUUCGUGAGGUAUGUAAAAUCUGCAAGACGGACAAAGGCGCCUGCGUGCCAUGUCAUUAUAGCAACUGUAAUGCCCGUUUCCAUGUCGGAUGUGCAUUCCAGGCGCAGUACAAGUUCGGCUUCGACAUCACACCAGUAAAGAGCUCCAGGAGGGAUACCGUGAGCAGUGUACGACUUGGUGAUGAAUAUGGUUCUGCUUCUGCCGGAAUUUGGUGUCCCCACCACACUGUCUCUGCUGUUGUGCAUGAGAUCGGCGAGCCAACCGAGGAUGAAGGCUUGAAUGCGCUUCAGCGCUACGUGCAAACCUACAAGCAAGCGGAUUUGAGCUUGACUGGGACUGUUCGAAGAGCCAACUACAUGCAACAGUCUGUCAGUGCAUCGCAUCACUCUACAACGAAUCCGGUGAGUCGCCGGGUCUCGGCCGUCAACGGUGUGAUGCCUCUGUCAACGACUACCAGAGACAACCACAAAGUUAUCCCGGCAUCACCUGAGCAUGCACCGGACGAGAUGAUCAUCGACUCGGAAAACCAUGUGCCUCGCCCUGCCACCGACACAACCUCCGCUCGGAAGUGUGCUCGCUGCUCGAGUACCUGCACGCCCAAAUGGUGGCCGAUCGAGAAAUCGCGACGGAAUACCGACCACCGGACGCCUCUCUUGAAUGGAGCUGGACUCAAUGAUUCAAGAUAUCCCAGCGCAGCCUCGGCCAGUCCUCCGUACCUCUCCCGCAAACCAUCACAAACCGGUCUGCCAAGGCUGAACGGCGACUACGCAUCCCCGGGCAAUGGCACGGUAUCAAGCGACGGGUCUGAGGCGCUUCUGGAAUGUCACAAAUGUCAUCUCAAGAAGCCGGUAUCUCAGCCGUCGCCCGAACCUCGACCAUCGCCGUACUCAGCAGCUUCUCGACCAGCUUUGCUGAAUCCCACGAUGCGCGAGUUUCACGCUCAUCCGUAUGGGCCUGGACCUCACCAUGCACACCCAGCCCAGCCUAGUGUGCUUGCCAGACCUAUGGGGACGCCUUCCCACAGUGUGCCCGACUGGUAUGAACAGCGGCCCGCUGAAUACGCGGAAGGUAGAAUGCGCAAUGGUCUGCCAGUCCCAGGGUAUCGCGGGGGACCUCCAGCCCCGCCAGCGCAUCACAUCAACGGGUACCAAUCGAGCCCAGCGCACCAUGCUCCCCCUCCAGCCCCUCACUAUACGGCAGGCGCGCACCCUCCUCCGCCUCAGCCCUACUCCGCCCAUCAAAGUCCCUACGGACCGGCGUCGAUGCUCUCGCCACGGCCGGCGCACGUUGCAGGGCCCCGCCCGUACGCACCUUCGGCUUCACCGCCCGAUAUUCAGGCCACGAUGGUUCGGCACUCGCCCUCCCAUACGCUUAGCGCGUUGAACGGAGGCCCGCCACCGCGGGUUUACUCUGUUGAUCGAGUUCUCGGGGCAGCCGCCCAGUCACCUCCGGUGUCCCAAGUGCAUCUCGACCCUCGAGGACCCACUCCUCCUACCAAGUCGGAUGAGAUGCCCGCAGUUGGCGGGUCGGGUUUGAUGAACACCAGUAGACAAGGGAACAGUGGUGGGACGAAUGGAGGCUCUGGCGCCAGCGCCAGCCCUUCCUUGAAGAAUCUACUUUCCUGAUAGCACAUGCGCGGACAUUUUGCCCUUCACUUGGGACGCCGCGAUGGAUCCGCGAGAUCAUGUAUCAUAGUCUUGUUCUUUU